AUGCAGCUUAUGAGCCCACCCCCGAUUGGUACUCCUGUCCCUCACGACCGUCAUGCUGUGUCGGUACAGCUUCCAACGUGGCAAGAUAUGGUCGACCUUGGCUCUCAACAUCCAAGAAUGAAAUUAAUCCAGAAGGGAGGCUAUCCCAGGUCAUUUAUCCACCCUUACAUACAGGAGCUUGCCGCAAGAUGUGACGGUUAUCAUGGCCGCCCUGGACAUGUUUACUUUUUCUACCCUACUUAUGAGUAUAUGGAGGAGACGAGAGCCUAUGUACUAUCUCAAGCACGACUUGAAGAGCAAGGCCACCAACCUUCCACAAGAAAAGUACCAAUGCAGGUCCUAGGAUUCUCUAGCAAAGCGAAUGGUGGAUCCUCCGAAGUCCUGGUAUUAUAUGCGCUUUUGAUUCCAUCUCUUCUGGUCCAACAUGCUAUGUCUGCUUGGAGGCUCACGGGAUUCGGUAUAUCGUCAAGACUUGCCGGCCAGUGUCUUCAGCAUGUCCCUAGCCUUCUUUCGGAGAACCCCAAGCUUUUCGAGCUCAACAUGUCCAGGGCGAUACCACCCCAACCAAAAAUAUCCAUCCAAGGCACAGACGCCAGACUGCGUGGCCAUCUUGCGAACUUACAGAACUUGGGCCGUAUCAUUAGAGAGGCGCCAGUCGUUACCGAGGACAUGAUAUUUCUUUACCCUACGGGUAUGACGGCUAUUUUCAAGGCCCAUCAGCUACUCUGCCGUCUUCGACGCGGUAAAACUGUGGUAUUUGGCUUUUUGUAUGAGCUAACACCGAAACUUCUGCGAAUGUAUGGUUCCAGCCUUGAAACUUUUGGUAAUGGCACUCAGGAGGAGUUGGACAAGUUUGAAGACAUGUUGAAGGUCCAGAAAUAUGAUGACCCAUUGAACCAUGUUCAAGCUGUUUGGUGCGAAUGCGCCUCGAACCCUCUUCUCAAAACUGUCAACCUGGAGAAGCUUCGGCAACUUGCUGACAAAUAUGGGUUCUUCAUUGUAGUGGAUGAUACAAUUGGCUCGGUUGCCAAUAUCGACGUGUUGGACGUCGCAGACAUAAUAGUCACAUCAUUGACUAAGAGCUUCAGUGGAUAUGCCAACGUCAUGGCCGGCAGUAUCACUUUCAGUCCAGCAUCGAAUCAUUAUGCUGAGUUGCACCAAGAGCUUCUUCAGUCCUACAAAAACACACUGUUCAUAGAAGAUGCGAUUCAACUGGAGCUGAAUAGUCGCGACUACCUUGCUCGGACUAGCAAGAUCAACCAAACAGCUUCAUACCUAGUCAGGUUUCUCCAAGGCUAUCUUGACAAACCAACACCUCUUUCGGCGGUGUACUAUCCUGAAACCUGCCACUCAUCUACCAACUAUCGACGACGUUUGCGCGCUAAAGUCGAUGGUCAGCCUCACAUACCAGGGUUUGGGGGGUUAUUCACUAUAGAGUUCGUGGAUAUUUCAACUGCUACGGCCUUUUUUGACGCUCUUAACGUUCACAAGGGCCCUUCAUUAGGUGCACAGUACACAUUAGCGCAGCCAUACGUCCAAACAGUGUUCCAGAAGGAAAAGGCUUGGGCUGCAACUUAUGGAUUAAAAGAGACUAUUGUGAGAAUAUCUGUUGGAUUGGAAAAUAAGGAAUCACUUAAGGGCAGUUUAAUUAUUGCUUUAGACGCGGCUGUAAAAGUCUUUCGACAGGGUAGAUAUAAUUAG